GCUUGAUGUCAGGAAUCAUAAACUGAGAACAAAAUAAAAAAACGCCUCGAAAUUCUCCUUCAUGUUCCUAUUUUCUCUCUCCUCUGUCUUUCUCCCUCACUCUCACUCUCUCACUCUCACUACUGCUAGUUACUCGAUGACAACAGCAAUUACUCCUUCGAAAUCUCCGGCAAAAAUUUGAAUAAAUUAAAGGAUGCUUUAUGUGAUAUUAAUUCGUUUUCUGAGAUUUGGACACUGAAUUUUUUAGGGAAAGUUCAUUUGAUCAGAUAUAUUGCGUUAUAUUUGAAGUGUUAGUUUUACACCCCAAAAAAAAAUUUUUGGGGGGUUGGGUGGGGUGGUGGUGUUGUUGGUUUGAGGUAUGGAGAAUGGUUGGCAAAUGAGAGGUGGUCUGAAAUUGCCAAUUUUGAGUUCGAGUUCGAGUUCAAGGGUUACUUCUUCCUUGGAGCAAAUUCAGUUCCAGGAGGCUAGGAAUCAGAUGAAUCUGAACAUAAGCCAUUGUAUUCUUCCCCAUGAUGCACGAGAAGAAGGACUCCUUUCUCCUCAAAUGAAACAGACAUCUACAUCCAAUAUAUUGAAUUUUGGUUCGUGCAAGCCAAUCCACCCUGAAGCUGGAAGUUCAUUUCACUCUCUGCUAUCAGUCCCACCUCCUCUCUCGCAAUAUGAUUUACAGCGACAAUCGAAUGUGCAUCCUUCUGGUGGUUGCUACGUUUUAGAUACUUCUGCUCAGGGCAAUGUUGGUAUGAUGCCAAGUUGGCCAUUAGACACAAGAGCUGGAGUAAAUUUACACCCUGUAUUACCUAGGCUUACUGUGAGCGCAAAUAAUGGUACUACUCGUGGCCUAAGUGAUGACGUCGGAACUCUGAGGGGACUUAUCACUCAUAAUGGCUCCAGGAAUGAAAGUGGAAUUAAUACUUCUUUGCAGAAGGGGGUAACUUGUACUCCUUUAAGCAGCAGUGAUGUGCUGGAUGCAUCUUUGCAAACACCCUCACCCACCUCUAAGAAACAAAAUUCAGUUGCAAGUGGGUGUCCUCGUGUCUUCUGCAUGGGUGCAUGUGGAGAUCUACUUCUCAGCAGCACAGGUCUUUUUGGUAUUCUCUGCUCAUGCCAUGGUAUGCACAUGUCAGUAUUCAGAUUUUGUGAGCAUUCAGGGUUAUCUGAUGUUAAUCCUGGCUAUGCUGUACGCCUGGAUAGCGGGGAGAGCAUUGCUCAAUGGCGUAAAGUGUACCUCCAACAGUUCGGGAUUAGGGCUCCAGGGGAUCAUAGAGGAUGGGACUGGCCGGAAGGAUUGUUAGCUACUUCUGGCUUGGCAAAUAGCAGCAUGCCUGUUGCUGAAAGGAGGAAGGUUUUUGACUUGUCUAGUCUGUUUAAUUCAUCUGCAGAGUCAGUAAAUUCUACACAGCCUCGGAACAAUGUGUCAACAAGCAGAACUCAAUCAGCCCAGGAAUAUUCUAAUCAGAUGUUAAAAACUGCUCAAUGGGAAAAUGGUUGUGACCACUGCAACAUGGACAGCUCCAGAAGGAGCUCGCACAAUAUGACAGAUAACACCAAAUUAGCUCACCCUACUCUCAGAAGUUUAACACCAUCAAUUCCAAGCGGCAAAAAAGGAUUAGGGGAUGAUUGUCAGUCGAGGUCCUUCCACUUUAUCUCCUCUUGUGAGAACUCGUUUAGUUCUGCUUUUCAGAACAUGCAGAGUGUUAGCUCCAAGGCAAACAAAAUUUUAAAGGAUGACAUUCUGCCGAGAGGUGCAAUUCCUUCUAGCAUCGAGUUAAAGCUUGGACAGCCAUCUCAGCUAAGUUGGGGAUCAGGAUCUGCUGCUCUAUCAGCUGUGAGACCUCACACUAGCAGUGUCCAAACAAAUACUAUCCAGAAGAAGCUGAAUCACAAUUUAAAUGCAAAAGUCACUGGACAUAGUAAGCAGCAUAAUUUUCGCCAUCCAGCAUCUGAUUUCAGCAUAACAAAAGAAGCAUCCCAGGCCGGCCCUCUAAACAAGGCACCAACUCUAUUUCAGGCAGGCCUUUUCAGUAAUACAGUGAGUUCUAGAAACGGUGCUACUCAUGCAGAAUACUCGACAAAUAGAUUGCAUAAUAAUUUUUCAAUGUCAGUCCCUGUUCCCCCUUCAAAUACUUCAGCUGGAGGGAGUUUGUAUCACAAGGAAACGAGUAAAAGAAUGAAAGACAGCCAUCCUUCCAGUCCUUGGACUCUUCAUUGCCAACCACAUGUAGAUAGGUCUAUAUUGAUAGACUUCUCAUGUACUGGAGAUGCUCCAGUCAGGCCUUUAGACAUCAAUAGAUUAGAUUUGCCAAAUAACAAGGGCAGAACUAUGGAUGCAACAUGUGGGCAUAAAGAUCCCAAUUUUGGGAGUGAAUCGAGCUCUAGGUUUUAUACUAAGGAGAUGGAAAGUACCUGUUUUUCUAGAAUUGGAAAAGUAUGUAAUUCUAAUAGUAGCACAUUGUCUGCUGCGAAUUUUAGUCCACUUGGGAUGACUAACAAGUUAUCUGGUGUCGCUGGGCCUUCAAACAAUGUUGGGAAUGCAAGUAACCUGGCAGGCAAUCUUGACGGAGAGCAGCUCUCCGAAAAAAUGAGGAAUUCGUUUUUGUGUUUUAAAGCAACUCCUACUUUGCAGGCCACUUCCAAUGGCUUCAGCCCAUUGUCAGCAGUCCUGGCUCCAGGUCUUAAUUCUGCUUUUUUCAGUGAAGAUAUCGAGGCUGUAAACUCGCAUGCAUCAGAUGAGAGUUUGAGACUACUCGCUUUGAGGAAUGUAAACAAAUCAUCUAAAGAAGAACCUCUAAAUGCUUCCCUUGUAUACAAUCAACAACCUCAAAUCCAUUCUGACCAAAGACAACAAAGCAAGAACUGCAGCAUUUCUGAUUUGAGAGCACAGGAUUUAUUUGUUGAUCAAGGGUCUUUAGAAGCACACAUGCAUGGGCGUCCAUGUCCUGUUAGACACAUCGCCUCAUCGCCUUUCCUGCCUGAUGCUAGUCAUAAGAAUGGUAGAAAUCUGGGUGCUAUUACUGAAGAGAUGAGAGUACUUUCUGAGUUGACUGACAAGUAUAAUGAAGAUUCUUGUAAUCUACAGCCAAAGCAAAAGUCUUCACUGAGCGUUGGAAGACGAGAAAACGUGGAGUGUGACUGUAACAAGGUGCAAAGAUGUCAUGGAAGAUCAUAUCCUCACAUUUCGGACAGGUGCAAUUGCAAUUUUCACACAUUAUGUACAAAUAGGGAGCAGGACUGCAAUGGUAGUGGCUCUAUGUAUGGCUUAAAAAACCAAGAAAGCAUCGCAGUUGUUGAAACCCCUACACUUAAUAGUUCAAGAUUUUCUGGUGAUUGUGUGUCUAUUGAAAAAGCGAUCCUGAUGGAAUGCAAGAGGAAGGAACAUAAUUUUAAACUUGACUGCCAGAAUUCUAAAUGGACUGAUGUUCCUCGGAAGGCAAAUACAGUUUCUAAAGUGAGAUGCUCAGAUGGACCAGUGCAUUUAUUGGACUCUAUGAAAAAAUAUGAAUCUUAUUAUUUGAAAGAGCCCGCUGCUAAAGGCACUGCCAGAACAAGCCAGGCAGCUGAGUUAUUGAAAGGAAAAGAAAUAUCAGACAUUUCUUCUGGAUGUUCUGCACGAGUUGCUACCCAAGCAUCUAAUGAAGUUAACGUACUUGAUUCUUGUACUGCCAAUGCUGGUCAUACUGUAUAUGACAAUGGCCAUAUAGCAGAUCAAGGAUCUGCUAUUUCCAGGAGCUGUUCUUCUGUUGAAGCAAUUGAUAGUAUUAGAGAUCCAGAACUUGUUUGUGAGAACAAGACUAGAUCUACUGAAGAAAAAUCUUUGACCGUGUUGGCAAAUGUUGCACGACAUGGCCUAAGUAGUGACUGUAAGCUAACAAAUUCAAAAUUAAAUGAACUGCAAAAUUUCACCCUCUCUGGAGGCAGUUCUGGUGAAAUCUCUAAUGAGAUUCCAGACGCCAAUGGAUUCAAGCCUAUAAAGAGAAAGCGUACAAAAAAAUGGAGGAUGCUGGGAACAUCAUCCACUGCCUCAGAAAUCUCUUCAUUACCCUCUGAAUCUCGAGUAUGUGCUAUAAGUGCUGUCGAUCACCAUGGUCCUACUUCUGAAGAUGCUCAAGUGCUUCUUCAAUCUUAUCUAAAUUCAUCUAAGAUGCUUAACGUCAACUCAAGCUGUAACACUCUCGAAAGGAGGUCUGCCUUGUUUUCAGUCAAAAAGCUUUCUCGUAAAAGAGAUUUAAAUGGGAUAUAUAACACUGUGGAGGCUGAGGCUGGUGAUCGGAGACCAUUGAAAAGCAAUGAUGACUCCACCGACAUGGCAGAACACGCUUCUGUAAAAAAGUUAAAACAGGUUGAGCCUUCUGAAUCUGUUAGGAAACAGAUGAAAGCUACUGAAGCUGUCAAAAGAUAUUGGUUGCACGAUCUGAUUUCUGAUGGAACUUUGAAGUGCAGUUCAAAGGGAUACCCAAAGGCGAAACCUGUAGCUUGUGGCAAAUACGGUAUUAUUUGUAAUCAGGAAUUAGAUAUUGACCAAUUAAAGCCACCUAAAAUUGUUCCUCUGAGCCAGGUUUUGAAAGCUUCUAAAAGAUGUGCUAAGUUUGAUAAAAGACCUGGGGUGCCGUCAAAGAAAAAAAAGCAUACUAUUCGCUGCAGUGGUGGUAGCAAAUACCUUGAUGUAUCAUCUAGUCCCCCUCAAACCCAACUUAGCCGAUACAAUAAAGUGCUUUCAUGUCAUAGCGGGGAUAUUGAUGCUUCUUCUAAGGAGACUCAGAAGAUACACCUGGAUCAUACACAUACUGAUGAUCUUGAUGUAUCGUAUGAAGUUGAAACUAAUGGAGAUGAAAAUAAUCUGAGUGGUUCAACUGGUCUUCCAGCUGCUAAGACCAAGGAAAUUCGUAUGCGCAGUCUCUAUGAGUUAUCUAUGAGAGGAAACAAAUUCAUAUCUGCAGAUAUCAGUCGUUUACAAAAUUUAAUGUGUGCACCAUCAACAGUAUGUGGAAUGGAAAGGAUCUCAUCAGAGGCUGCUGGUAGAAGUGAUGGUGGUGAAAGUAGAGCUUCCGGGAGAAGAUCCUGUAGAAAACGGCGCUGUACUUCUCUGAUGUCAGAAAUGGGUGAAUUAUGUUGCGUGUGUGGAAUAUCUAACAAAGACAGUGGCAACUGUUUGUUGGAGUGUGGGCAUUGUUCGAUACGAAUCCAUCAGGCUUGCUAUGGGAUUUCAAGAGUACCAAAAGGGGAUUGGUAUUGCAGACCAUGCAGAACAUGUUCUAGGAAUGUUGCUUGUGUCCUUUGUGGUUAUGGAGGGGGGGCCAUGACUCGUGCAUUUGGCAGCCGCAAUGUGGUGAAAAGUCUUUUGAAAGCGUGGGAUAUUAGGACAGAACCUCAUAUUAUGAGCAUGGGCUCUGCUGAAGCCUUGUAUUUCCCAGCAAAGAUGGAGUGUCUAAACAAUUCGGAAAGUGCAACAUAUCAGCCCUGUCCUUCAAUUACACCGGUGGUGCAUAACAGCAUAAUAUCAGGAUUGUUUGAUCCAACUGUCAAGCAGUGGGUCCAUAUGGUUUGUGGACUAUGGACUCCAGGAACACGAUGUCCCAAUGUGGACACCAUGAGCGCCUUUGAUGUUUCUGGUGUUUCCCACCUGAAAGAACACAUGAUUUGCUACAUAUGCAAAAGACCCGGUGGUUCCUGCAUACGUUGCCGUGUUGAGACAUGCCAUACUCAUUUUCAUCCUUGGUGCGGUCAUCAGAAGGGUCUGCUGCAAAGUGAGGUUGAAGGAGUUGACAGUGACCAAGUUGGAUUUUAUGGGAGAUGUUUGCUUCAUGCUAAUUCCAGAGCUUGUCAUUUAGAGAAUGACAAUGAUACCAACAAGGCUGAUUCUGAGACUGGUCGAGAAGAAGAGCCAACUUGUGCCAGAACAGAGGUUUAUCAGAGAAAACCAAAGGGAGAUGGAGGACAUCAUUCGUCCUAUCCACGUAGUGCUAAGGUCGGGCGCCUUGUCCCUCAGGCGCAAUUAGACGCGUGGCAUUACAUUAACAGACACAAGCUGGGCAUGAAUAGGCAGCCUAAACCUCCAGUUUCAGAUGUGGACCAUGAUUGUCGGAAAGAAUAUACUCGAUACAGGCAAGCUAAGGGCUGGAAACAUUUGGUAGUAUAUAAAUCUGGAAUUCAUGCCCUUGGUCUAUACACAUCUCGGUUUAUCCAGCGUGGUGCUAUGGUUGUUGAGUAUGUUGGUGAGAUAGUGGGGCACCGUGUUGCCGAUAAAAGAGAGAAUGAGUAUCUGUCUGGGAGAAAGCUUCAGUAUAAGAGUGCAUGCUACUUUUUUAGGAUAGAUAAGGAACAGAUUAUUGAUGCUACCUGCAAAGGUGGGAUAGCUCGGUUUGUCAACCAUUCUUGCCAGCCAAAUUGUGUCGCCAAAGUGCUAACCGUCAGGGGCGAGAAGAAGGUUGUAUUUUUUGCUCAAAGAGAUAUAUAUCCUGGGGAAGAGAUUACUUAUGACUAUCAUUUCAAUCAUGAAGAUGAAGGUAAAAAAAUUCCUUGUUUUUGCAAUUCGAAAAAUUGCAGGCGUUAUUUGAACUAGAGGAAGCCGUAGAUUCAUUGGGUAAUGAUGUGUAUUUUUAAUUAUUGGGAUCUUGUCUUGUAUGAGUUGUGAUUUCAUGAUUUCGAUGUAAAUACUAGGGUGAUGACACCUCCUGUUAAUAUGGCUGUAAAAUGUUCAUGUAUCCUGUUGAUCAA